AUGGCUCCAGGCGCAAUCCACAACGACACGGCUGCAGCGGCCAAUGGAACUACCCUGAAGCCUACCGCGCCUUCAUUCCACCCCACAGGCACCCCAGACCCCGCAAGGUACCACUCGGCAUCGUCAGAGGAUGCCAUCCAUGCCGAGGCCAAGUUCGCAGCACACAACUAUCACCCACUGCCCAUUGUCUUCUCGCGUGCAAGUGGAUCCAGCGUCUGGGACCCAGAGGGCAAACACUACCUCGACUUCCUCUCGGCCUACAGCGCCGUCAACCAAGGCCACUGCCAUCCCGAACUCGUCAAGGCUUUGACUGAGCAGGCCUCGCGAUUGACUCUUAGUAGUCGCGCAUUCUACAACGAUGUCUUCCCACGCUUCGCAGAGUAUGCGACCAAGCUGUUUGGCUUCGACAUGAUCCUCCCAAUGAACACUGGAGCCGAGGCUGUCGAGACUGCUGUCAAGGUUGCGCGCAAGUGGGGAUACAAAGUCAAAGGCAUUCCGCAGAACGAGGCAUUGGUCUUUUCUGUGCAGGAGAACUUCCACGGCCGAACCUUCGCUGCCAUCACCAUGUCCACUGACCCAGAGUCGCGCGACAACUACGGCCCAUACCUUCCCGGCAUUGGAAGCAACUGCCCUGUCACGGGCAAGCCCAUCCGCUACAACAACGUCGACGACGUACGCGAUGUCUUGGAAAAGCACGGAAAGAACACGGCUGCCUUCUUGGUAGAGCCGAUCCAGGGUGAGGCUGGCAUUGUUGUACCAGACGACAGCUACCUACGUGAAGUACGCGCUCUUUGCGACAAGCACAACGUGCUCCUCAUCUGCGACGAGAUUCAGACGGGUAUUGCACGGACAGGCAAGAUGCUCUGCCACGAGUGGAGCGGCAUCAAGCCCGACCUGGUUCUAUUGGGCAAGGCCAUCUCAGGCGGCAUGUACCCCGUCUCGGCUGUUUUAGGCUCAAAGGAGGUCAUGCUUACCAUCGAGCCUGGCACACAUGGUUCAACAUACGGCGGCAACCCCCUGGGCUCUGCUAUUGCAAUCCGUGCCCUUGAGCUGAUUCAGGAAGAGAACAUGGUCGAGCGCGCCGAGACACUGGGCCAGAAGUUCCGUCAGGGACUCAAAGCAAUCAACAACCCCAUGAUCACAACCAUUCGUGGCAAGGGUCUGUUGAACGCCAUCGUCAUCGAUGAGAGUAAGACAAACGGUCACAGUGCAUGGGAUCUGUGCAUGCUUUUCAAAGCGAAAGGUCUAUUGGCAAAACCGACUCACCAAAACAUCAUCCGCCUUGCGCCUCCACUGGUCAUCACCGAGGAGGAGAUCGAGUCUGCUCUCUCCAUCAUCAAGGAGGCUAUGGAGGAGUUGCCCAAGCUCAAGGGUGACAAGGAGAAGGAGGUAUUGACCUCGGCUGCUGGUCUGGAGAAGAAUGUCCGCAUUGGAGUAGAUAACUGA